AAAAGAAAACCCACAAGCCCUCAACCUCGUCCCUGUCGGCUACUCUUUAGUCUGCAACUCUUGCCCGCCGGAAACUAUGGACUUGCCGGCAUCCCCCAACCCUUUCGGCGCUUCCUAUACCUAGCCCGCACGGUCGAAGCAGGGUCACCGACCCCUCCACCCCCCGGCAGAUCCUCCCCUGUCUCUAUAGGUCAAGUCUUAGGAUGAAAAUAAUUAGAUUUCCACGUUUUUUAGAAUUAGUAUUCUAAAUCAUUGAUUUUGUAUGAAGUUAUUUGUAUAUUGAUAUUUUGUGCAAUUAAACUUUGUGUUGUUAGUAAGUUUCUACUUAUAAGAAAAUGUUCUUAGGUUCCUGAACAUAGUUUUAUGGCUUUUUAAAAUAAUAAAAAUGGCCAUUAAAUUGGGCAUCCUAUUUUGAUGUGUUGACCUCCCUUAAUUUGUUAAGAAGUAUAUUAAUAGACAGACAAAACAAAGUAGUAUAGAGUAGCAUAAUAGUGACUAUUUACAGAAAAUACAAUACCAUUUUAAAAAAUAGCUUAUAGAACUUGCUGUCAAAGUUGUUGUGAUUUCUGAUGAACUAAAACUCUAAAAAGGUGCUCAUUUAUGCGGAAUAUGUGUGAAUUUGUUCUUAUUGUGGAACUGCUAGUGUCGGAGUAGUUUUAAAAUGCAUAGCCCCCACUAAAUUCUGGAAACAGAUAAAUGUUUGAUUUAGUGCAGUUAUAUGCUGUUUAACUAUACAGUUUUCUUUUUAUUAUUGAGCAUUGAAAAAUUGGAAUCUCAUAGCUGCCUGAAGUUGACAUUUUUUUACCAAAUAAUUAUAUUAGUCGAUGGUAAAAUUAUAUCAACAUUUAUUUGACACAUGCUGUGCACAUUUUUAAAGAGGGGGAAUAGAUAAAGAUUUAGAGUAGAUUAUGAGAUGUUCUGUUAUAAAUAACCAACUGAAACCAAGUCAUACACUUUACACCUCCUUAAAACUAGCAUCUAUCAUGUUUUUCUUUUGCUCAUUGCUUUUGUAUUUCCACUCAUGGAGCCUCUUCCCUGAAAAUUGAAAGUACGUCAUCGCUCUGCUUUUCCUGCUUAAUUUUAAUUUUUAAGCUACAGUUCCUCUAUAAAUUUUCUUGAUUGGACUUUCUAGGGAAUAUAGUUGAUGGUCUCCCUAUGUACCUCUAUUAAGAUGCUUUUCUCAGUAGCAACAAAGUUCGAUUUUGAACUAUUAAUUAUGCUAAUUCAUCAGCUUGAGUCAAUAAUAAUGGAUAUGGGAGAGAAGCUUCAGAUGCUCUUAAAGCAGACUUCUUUGGGCAGUGAUAUGGGACUCCGCCUGUUGUGGCUUAUUCUACACUUUUUCAUCAGUUUAUGGUACUUUUUAUUAGGAAUAGCCCAUACCCUUGAGAGCGCUCUUAUAUCAAGUGGCUUCUUGAAGAGUUACCGUGCUCUAAAUGUCAACAAGAUCCGGCACUUAGCGGUUGUUAUUGAUAGUGAAGAAGCUCGUGAAACUUCAAAAGUCCUCGAACUUUUAGGAUUCCUUGCAAAUAUUGGCGUGAAAAGCAUCUCCCUCUAUGACAGUGUAGGAGUGCUUAAGCAGGCCAAGGAAGCAAUCAAGGAGGAACUGAACCGAACAAAAAUUUCUCAGGGUAAUUCUUUGCCCAUUCCACUUCUACAAAAAUAUACAAAUCUGGAGUUUCUGUCAUUAGCUGAUGGAAAACAAGCACUGGUCAAAGCUGCUAAUUUCCUCUUUGUCAAGCAUUAUUCUGGCACAAAAUUGGGCAAACACACUUUUACUGAGUCAGACAUGACUGAUGCAUUGAGAGUUAUUGGUUGUGGGGGGCCAGAUCCUGAUCUCUUGCUAGUUUAUGCUCCUGCAAGGUGCCACCUGGGUUUCCCACCGUGGAGACUACGGUACACAGAGAUUGUACAUAUGGGGCCGCUAAAGUCCAUGAAAUUUGGAUCCCUUGUGAAGGCAAUUUAUAAGUUCACAAUGAUUCAUCAAAACUAUGGCAAAUGAACCAUGUCAGAUGGACCACUCCAAGCACUCCCCUAUGCAGAUGUAUUAACAAGAAGACGAUGUACAAAACCUCUUCCCAUAGGUAGAAACUACAAAGUGACGGAAUCAUGCUUUAUUGUUUUUGCAGUUUUGUAAUUUAUGUGAAAUGUAACAGUAUACAUGUAAGAUGACAUCACAGACAAAAAUCAAUUAAGGCCCCCCUCGCAUAUACAUGGUUCUUUAUGUUUGUUAAAAAAAAUCUCGUGUUUAGUAUCGUGGAGAAACAUGACAAAAAAUUACCUCAUCAUUGCAUACUAAAUACCGUUAAUGGGCAACCAAUUCGAUGAGAGCUUCCAUGUAGACCCGCUUAGAGGGCAAAUUAUCCCUCAUAGUCGCUUGUACAAUCGAAUGUUCUUAUAUCAAUAGAAAUGAGCAUAACACUUGAAAGAAAUGAGUAUUGAUAUUGAAUUAUAAAAUUAGCAC